GUCUCCUACUUUUGUCUCUACGUGGAGGAGGAGGACUGCAUCAGGACGCUGUCUGGAAUUUCAGGCGCACCGACAUCCCACCGUUCUCUGGCUGACCACCUCAGGUCAAUCACAGAAACAUGACUGGAAAGAUAACGAAGGAGGAGAUGGAGGAGAUGAGAGAGAUCUUUGGGAAAAUUGAUCUGGACAAUGAUGGACAUAUCUGUGAUUAUGAACUCAAUGACCUCCUUAAAGACGCUGGCCAUGCCCUACCUGGAUACGUGGUUCGACAAAUCAUCCAGAAGCUGGAUCGCAACAACGAUAAUAAGAUCAGCUUCGAAGAGUUUCUGGCAAUUGUCCAGGACCUGAGGGGCAGCGAAAUUGCAAAAACUUUUCGCAAGGCCAUCAACAGAAAAGAAGGCAUCCUGGCUGUCGGAGGGAUGUCGGAGCAGUCGAGCGAAGGCACACAACACUCGUUCUCCGAGGAGGAGCGAUUUGCCUUUGUAAACUGGAUCAACACUGCUCUGGAAAACGACCCCGACUGCCAACACGUCCUGCCCAUGGAUCCCAACACAGAGUCUCUCUUCACGUGUGUCGGAGACGGUAUCGUGCUCUGCAAAAUGAUAAACCUGUCAGUGCCAGAAACGAUUGAUGACAGGGCCAUAAAUAAGAAGAAGCUGACAACAUUUACCACACAGGAGAAUCUGAACCUGGCCCUGAACUCAGCUUCUGCCAUUGGCUGUCAUGUGGUGAACAUUGGUGCUUCAGACCUGAAAGAAGGGAAGCCACAUCUGGUGCUGGGCCUGCUGUGGCAGAUCAUCAAGAUCGGUCUGUUUGCUGACAUCGAACUCAGCAGAAAUGAAGCGCUGGCAGCAUUGCUGAGAGACGGGGAGACCCUGGAGGACCUGAUGAAGCUGUCUCCAGAAGAACUGCUGCUGCGCUGGGCAAACUUUCAUCUGGAAAACGCUGGCUGGCAGAAGAUCAACAACUUCAGUUCUGACAUCAAGGACUCGAAGGCCUAUUUCCACCUCCUGAAUCAAAUUUCUCCAAAAGGCACCGAGGAGGAUGAGCCACGCAUAGACAUCAACAUGGCAGGCUUCAGUGAGAAAGACGACGUGAAGAGGGCCGAGGCCAUGCUGCAGCAGGCCGACAAGCUCGGCUGUCGACAGUUUGUCACCCCAGCUGACGUCGUCAGUGGAAACCCCAAACUCAACCUCGCCUUUGUGGCGAAUCUGUUCAACAAAUAUCCAGCGCUGACCAAACCUGAGAAUGAAGACAUUGACUGGGGACUGUUGGAAGGUGAGACACGAGAAGAAAGGACAUUCAGAAACUGGAUGAACUCUCAGGGAGUAAACCCACAUGUCAAUCAUCUCUACGGAGACCUGCAGGAUGCCAUGGUGAUCCUUCAACUCUAUGAGAAGAUAAAAGUGCCAGUUGACUGGAACAACAAGGUCAACAAGCCGCCUUACCCAAAGAUUGGAACCAACAUGAAAAAGUUGGAGAAUUGUAACUAUGCAGUGGAUCUGGGCAAAUCGGCCAAGUUUUCCCUGGUUGGCAUCGGCGGGCAGGACCUGAACGAUGGCAACGCUACGCUGACUCUGGCGCUGGUGUGGCAGCUGAUGAGAAGAUAUACGUUGAAUAUACUGGAGGACCUGGGCGACGGAGAGAAAGUUAAUGAUGACAUCAUCGUAAAGUGGGUGAACAAAACGUUGUCGGAAGCUGGAAAAUCUACAAAGAUUUCGAGCUUUAAGGACAAAGAGAUCAGCAGCAGCUUGGCGGUGUUGGAACUGAUCGACGCCAUCCAGCAAGGCAGCGUCAACUACGAGCUGAUCAAAACCGGCAGCCUCUCUGAAGACGACAAGCUGGAAAACGCCAAAUACGCCGUCUCGAUGGCGAGGAAGAUCGGAGCGCGGGUCUACGCGCUCCCUGAGGACCUGGUGGAGGUGAAGCCCAAGAUGGUGAUGACAGUCUUUGCCUGUUUGAUGGGUCGGGGGAUGAAGCGAGCCUGAGAGACUUGCUGGGACCAUUGUGACACUAAAUCAUACCCACAAGCGUUUUGAAGAAUUGCCCCAACUGAAGGAAUGAUUUUUCUUUUUUUUAUCAUCAUUAUUAUUAUUAUUUUGAAUACAACAAACAUGCUGUCAAAAUUGGAAAUUCGCACACGUCCCUGCCUCUUUUGGAAGUGUUUACUGAAGAAUAAUAAUGUCCUCUUAUUUAAAUCCACAAAAUUUCUACAGAGAUGGGUCUCGUGUUACAGGGAACAACUUGUUACUUUAAAAUAUGCAGAACGCUUGGUUCCUGUAUAAGAAGGCUGUUUUUAAAAAAAAAAAACGAGCAUUCGUAUUUCCAGCUGCAAGGUUGUUUACAUAUUUUUACUCAGACUGAUAAGUAAAUUAUAUCCUGAACUCAGCAACACACAUUCCUAAAUACCGUACAAAUCAACAUGGUCUCACAGAAAUCCGUGGAAUA